ACCACGAAGAAGCAGAAAUAGCUACUCAUACAUACUCACUUCAAUAUUCAAAGUUCAACUGUUCAAUAGUCAAUACAUAGUGAAAUCACAUUCCUCUUGUAUUUAUUUCCACAGAGACCUUCGAUAUCAAGUUUCAGCGGUUCACAUACUUGGGUGCUGUGACAGUGAAAGGAAGGACUGCUGCGGUUUACCGGAAGUUUUUGGGAUCUACACAUUCUAUUACGAAUAUUAUCUAAAUCUUCUGCUCAUGUACAGUUUGUAUAUAAAUCUAGGAACUUCACUAAGCCAGCUUAUGAUAUAGCUCAGGAAGUUAAAUAUUUGAAUGAGGAUUCUUUUGUUUGCCUUACUCCCCCAAGCUGGCUACACCCUUUCGCCUUUCGGUUUGUAUUUCUUGUCUUUUCUUUGUUAGCGAAGAAAGAGAAGCAAGUUACUUCCAGUGAACCGCAUCAGUCCUUCCCCAAACUGCCUUGUACUGCACAAUGAACUUGGUUUGUUUUGUUAAUUACUCUAUCUAUGUCCAUACUCAUAUCAUUUUGGAGACUUGUUAAUGGGUCAAACCUGAACCGAGGUCUUGGGUUUUAAGAUCUAAAUUACUACCGCUCAUCACUGACACAAUCUUGCUACGACGCCAUGCCAUAUAUCUGAUUCUAGCCUAAUGGAAGAGCAAUGCCUAUGGCUGGUUGGAUUGUGGGUCAGCUGGGGACUCGAGAAGCUGCUUCUCAUGUCCUUGAUAUCAUACAGAAGAAGAAGAAGAUGGCUGGCCGAGCAGUAUUUUUGGCUGUACCUCCUGAAAUGGUAAAUGCCACAUUGGCCUCGGAAUAUCUCUGGAGAUUGGAACAAAGUUCUGUCUCUCAUAUUAUUAGGACUAUUCUAAUUUGUCACACUGGAAUUCAAUUACCUGUCGAUGGUUAGAUUGCAACUAUAUUCAUCAAAAGUGAAAAAACCCGAAGGUUUAAUGGAAAACAUCCAAAGGGCUACUGGUCUACGACUCUACGCAUUAUGGAAAAUGGGGAAGUUUUUGAAGGAGAGCUAACUUAUUUCAGGUGAUUGAGCUCUCUCCAGAAGAGCUGAGUGAGCAUGACCGGCGGGUAUGGACUAUGGAGCAUUAGUAGUGUAAUCGUUGGAACAAAAACUGUUAAAGGAACCAAAAGACUGAAGUUGGACCCAACUAUAUAUGAUGCUUUAAUUAAGGAAAAGGAUACAGCACUAUGUGAUCUGCAUGUGGAAAAUUUCUUGACCUCAAUGGUGGAUGUGAUAUAUUAUCCCUAACAGACCAGAUGAUAAAACCUAGAAAGACUGAAAUCACUGAUAAGCUAGGAAAGGAGCUAAACAAGUUUUCCCACCAAUGAUUUUGGGCAGAUUUCAAAUUCUCUAUUGCUUGUAUAUUAUCUUGAGAUGCAUGGGAUGUGGAGAUGUAUAUGGUUUAAACCCACUGAGCUAGCUUUGCUGAUGGCACGUUGUAAACCAUUAUAUUAAUGGAGUGGCAGUAUUUAUUAAUGAGGUCACUGUUUAUUUAAACCUUUUACAUUCUUUAAAGCAGUUAUGUUAGCCUUCAUAAUUUUUUUUUCCUGAAUCAUCUAGUCUUAAUUUUCAGGUUCACGUGCUGGAUAUGAAAUGUUUUCCAUACCUGAAUUGUACUUUGGAGAGUUCUUUUUCUUCAAUAGUGGUUUUACAACUUUUUGGCCAAUGGUGAGACAGGUGCAAUCUGUGGCUAGGGAUGACAAAUUCCACCCUACCCCACAGGGUACAUGAUUGUUGGGCAUUCAACUCACGGAAUUCAUAAUCAAGUCUGCUUAUUUCAGUGGCAGCCAUUGAGUGAGACAAUUGAAUGAGGUAUACCAAUGAAACCCCAUGUGCCAGAUCCCAGAUGAUGAUAAGUUUGAGUUAUUACCUGGAUAGAAGGAUAUUCCUUCCAGUCUGCAGCCGUAUGACUUCUAACGUAGGCUAAGUUCUACCUUGGUCGUGUUCACUAUACUUGGAGAUGGGUUAAUUCAUUUUAAACACCAAUCCGCUUUGCAUAAACUUUCUCAGCAUGCAAACCGAUGAAGAAGCUGCACUGGCACCCCAAGUGCACCUACCCUUCCUGUGCUAUUAGAAUUUCCAUGCUAAUUUUGGAUUUGCUUCAUCAUAGCCACGCUCCUUUAUUUAUGAAUGCUUAUGGCUUGCUUAAUCUCGUAGGAAAGGGAAAAUAGUAUUUGUGUUCUUCUCAUAUUUGAGCAUUUAAACAUGUAUCCUAUUUAUCCAACAACGGUCCUACACUACAAACCCAUCCAGAGACAUCUGUGUAUUCAUACUUUACGUUACACUGCAUUUUUAUUAUGUUAGCGUCUUUUAUUACUCUCUGUUCAUAUGGUUUAUUCAGGCAUGCAGUCCAACUCCUGUUCCUGCCGGCUUUAUGGCUAAAAUGAACGACAUAGAUACAGUAUUUGCAAAAUAGACCAACUAUUGGGCUCCAGAAAAUAAGGCCCAUUUAUUGAAUAUCUAGAAUGUGCUGACUCUAUUACUGUCUCAAUUCAUACAAUCCAAAGGCGGAUCUGAAGAAAGUGAGUGCGUUCUAUCUGGGUGCAACCGUGCAAAAUCCUCGGUAAGGUUUCUUCAAGAGCAUCGGGAAAAAUUACCCAAAAAAGAAAAAAAAAAAAAAAAGAGAAGCAGCCAGCAGGAAAGAUUCAUCAUACAUCAUGCAUGCAUCUCGUCAUUCUAUGGACGGAAAGAAUUUAGGCAGGCAAAAGGAAAAGGGAAAAUUUUAAAGAAAAUCUCAGCCUUUUGAAAAAUAAAACAUGGGAUGUGCAAAGAGGCCGAUAAAGAUUGGCCUUGUUUUCAUGAUUUCAAUUUUCAGAACAACCUGAAUCGACAAAGGGCUGCCCCGCAAGGAGCUGGUGAAUGACUGAAUGGUGAUCGGUAGGUAGCAUACCCCGGAAAGGACGCCGAGUGAGAGUGACUAUUCACUUCUUCAGCAAAAGCUGUUCAUAUUACCGACUAGGCGAAUAACCAAUCAUAUGCAAGUCGUGGGACCCGCCUUCUUCCCAGAUACUUGGCUAUCAGCUAUGGAGGCAAAGGUAAUUUUCUCGUCGCAUCUCAUAGGCCACCGAUGUAAGAAUCAAUAUCCUCCACGGCCAUGGGCUUGGAAUCGUCAAGAGGGCAGUGCUUCAAUUUGCUUCAAAGCCAUCAGCUACUAUGGUUGUUCCGGCCAUGAGCAACAUCAGAAGCGGACACCCGUUACUGGAAAACUGAAGCUGUUCAUAACCAAGCCCAAAAAAAGUAGUAGUAUGCAACUAAGAGAAGAGUCAAUCGAAGCGUCCGACAAAAAGGGAACCGUGCUCGGUGCAGUAAGUCUGAUUAUCGGAACCAGUAUCGGCUCGGGAAUACUUGCUCUUCCAAAGAGGACUUCCCCUGCUGGAUUCGUCCCCAGUGCAGUAUCUAUAAUUGUUUGUUGGAUAUUUCUUCUCGUUGAAGCCCUCUUGCUUGCCGAGAUAAAUGUGGGUCUGAUGAGAAGGAGGAGGGAGAAGGGAAGGGAGCAAGGAGACCCAGGGGUUAUCUCCAUAAGAACCAUGGCUCAAGAGACACUUGGAGAAUGGGGUGGAACUCUAGCAACUGUCAGUUAUAUUUUCUUAGCUUAUACCUCUAUGGUGGCGUACACAUCCAAAUCAGGGGAAAUUCUCUAUCAUUUGAUCAACUUACCAACAACAAUCUCGGGUAUCUUCUUCACCUCGCUCUUCACCAUUCUCAUAUCCAUUGGUGGGACCCAGGCCACUGACCAAGUCAAUCAAUGGCUAACUUCCUCCAUGAUAGGUUUACUUGUAGCAAUUGAGGUGCUGGCUGUGUUAUCUGGAGGGUGGUCGGGAUUAGAGGCAUCAGGCAACUGGGGGAAAGUUCCAUCCACAAUUCCUGUGAUCAUCUUUUCUUUGGUCUAUCAUGAUCUAGCCCCAGUUAUUUGUGCAUACCUGGAUGGCGAUCUCACACGUAUCAGGGUAUCUUUCAUUCUUGGUAGUCUAGUCCCAUUGUUUUCCCUGCUUAUCUGGGAUGCAAUUGCACUUGGUCUUUCAACCAAAGCAGAUGGGGUUCUUGAUCCUGUGGAUUUGCUAAUAAGAGUUGAAUGGAGCGGCAUCUCAGUUAUGGUAGAAGCAUUUUCACUUCUUGCAGUAGGAACUUCAUUGAUAGGCACUCUACUUGGAUUCUCUCAGUUCUUUGUGGAGCAGCUCAAUAAUCUUUCAUGGCACCAUCCAUCAACCAAAAUACAUAAAUCUGAAGGAAAUGAAAUGUCAAGUGACUUGAAAGAUGAGAUUAUGCCUUAUUCCCUGAGAAAGUGGUGGAGUAGUAACAAGCUUAGCUUCACAGCAACAGCAAUGGCUGUUGCUCCGCCUCUGUUUGUGUCAAGCACUGUUCCAGAUGCAUUCUAUACCGCCACUGACAUUGCUGGCGGUUACUGCAUGACACUGCUCUAUGGAAUCCUCCCACCAGCAAUGGCGUGGGUAAUGCGCUCAAGUUCAUGCAUUGGUAGCAGAGGGGAAGGUAGUAAACAGAAGAUACUCUACCAUGCAAAGCCUGCACUUCUUGGGGUAGGGCUAUUUGCUUGCGUGAUAAUAUUGGAGCAAAUUCUACAGGAUUUCCUAGUGUUGAAUCCUUGACAAAAAAACAAGUUACUGAGAAUGUCGUAUUUAAAGACGGUCCAAUCUUUAGGUGGACAAGAUUGUAACUGAUAUAAUUAAAGCCUCUGUUGUAAAUAUUUGUAUAAAAACAGUCUACAUUUUCAUC